GGCUUCUGGUCUGGGAUUUCCCUGACGGGAGUUAUGGAGGUUUUGUUCCAAGGUUUUGUUGCAUCUGUCCGUUGUCGUGCGAGGCAAUAGUUAGGAUGCAGUCAACUAAAUUAGUUACAAAGAUUUUAAAGGAGAGAACAAGGAGGCGAAAAAGAGGCGGGCCACACUCCAAGGAAGGUGGUAGGGCAAAUGGUUGGAAUGAGGAAGGGUGUGGUCUUUAACAUAAAUUUGCAUAAAACGGAACCUAUCCGGGAGACUACAAUUUCGUCCAUGUAUUUCGCCCCUGGUGUGACGCUUCUCCUUCAAGCAGAGCAUUCUGGGAGGUGUAGUUCCGAGUUCGGUUGCUAUAGCGUUCUCCACAGCCUACGGUUCACGACUGACGAGCGACCUGCCCAAUGGGAGCAGCGCCUGGGCCAGCAGGGGCGGGCUCUCUGCAAAAGGACUCCAAGGUGGCGGGCGGUGGCGGUGGCGGUGGCGGUGGCGAAGUUGCAGGCGGUUGGGGCGGCUCGGAGGCAGGUAACGGAAUCUAAGGCCCAGAAGGUUAAAAUAUUAGCCUGAAGUCAUACAGCUAGUCAGUAGGAGAACCAGGAUUCAAAUUCAGGGGACUAUGAAAGGCUUAUAUUUUCAAAAGAGUUCUACAAAUGAAGAAAUAACAUUUGUAUUUCAAGAAAGGGAAAAUCUUCCUAUUACAGAGGAUAACUAUGUGAAACUUCAGGUUAAAGCUUGUGCUCUGAGCCAGAUAAAUACAAAGCUUCUAGCAGAAAUGAAGAUGGAGAAAGAGUUCUUUCCUGUUGGGAGAGAAAUUGCUGGAAUUGUGUUAGAUGUUGGAAACAAGGUAUCAUUCUUUCAACCAGAUGAUGAAGUCGUUGGAAUUCUGCCACUAGAUUCUGAAGACCCCGGGCUUUGUGAAGUUGUUAGAGUGCACGAGCAUUACUUGGUUCACAAGCCAGAAAAAGUUACAUGGACAGAAGCCGCUGGAACCAUUCGGGAUGGAGUGCGAGCCUAUACAGCUCUGCAUUAUCUUUCUCAUCUCUCUUCUGGAAAAUCAGUGCUGAUAAUGGAUGGAGCAAGUGCACUUGGUAUGAUAGCCAUUCAGUUAGCACACCACAGAGGAGCCAAAGUGAUUUCCACAGCAGGCAGCCUCGAAGACAAGCAAUGCCUUGAAAGACUUAGGCCUUCUCUAGCCCGAGUCAUCGAUGUAUCUAAUGGGAAAGCCCAUGUUGCUGAAAGCUGUUUAGAAGAAACAGGUGGCCUGGGAGUAGAUAUUGUCCUAGAUGCUGGAGUGAGAUUAUAUAGUAAAGAUGAUGAACCAGCUGUAAAAUUACAACUACUACCACAUAAACAUGAUAUCAUCACACUUCUUGGUGUUGGAGGCCAUUGGGUAACAACAGAAGAAAACCUGCAGGUGAAGAAACUGAAGCACAGAAAGGUUAAUACAUGCCCAAGGAUGCAGCUAGAAAGUGGUGGGACAGGAAUCACCCAGACAGUCUUGCUGGUUUGUGAGUUGAAUGGGAGAGAAACCAUAAGAUACAUGCAAAAUUUUGUUUCAUUUUCAACUUGUCAUUACAGAAAUUACACAUCACCUUGACAGGCUGCAUCCUUAAUCUAAGCUAUCAUGGAGCUAUUAGAGAAGACAUUUCAGAAUGCCUAUCUGCAUUAAAGAGUUUGUGGGGUGUUGUAAGAUUAGCAGUGCCGGGAAAUCUUGGUCAAAUGAAGAUGGGUUUGAUUUUUUCUUUUUAUGGAAUUCAUUUAGAGAAAAAUCUGGUGCAUGAAGCCAAAUCAUUCCAGUUUUGGUGAAAGUAAUGAAAUAUUAUCUUGAGAAUGUGAAAUCAGUUCCAAAAGAAUGGUCCAAUUCUCUUUAGAGCAGGGUCAAACUUAAGAAUAAAACUUUUACUUCGGAGGUAACUGUUUUAAAGGUCGCUGCACUUGGUAAAAAUUUUAAUAUAUUGGAUAAAAUAUAAGUUCUUAUUACUAAUAGGGUAUAUCUGUGUGUGAAGAAAGACACUUUCAUAGCCGUGAGUUUCUCUCUACUGAAUAUCAUACUUUGCUUUUGUUAAAUGUGUGUAUAUACAUAUGGUACUUAUAAGGCCCACCUCCUCUAAGAGCAAUGACAUUCAGAGCUUUCAAAUAGGAAUAUUUAAUUAGUACCCUGCAUAUGUUGAGUUUUAAAAAAUACAUUUCUUUCUCUUUUUUUAA